AGCAGAGGAAGGGGCGAGGGAGCGGACUUCGGGGCUGCGGGCCUAGGCUGCUGUGUGGAGGUCUGGUGGGCUGAAUCUGGCCGGUCGACAAAGGCUUUGAUCGAUUGAAGAUUUUAAAAGAGGAAGCUGGAAACCCUGCGGGCAAGGCUCCUGCCCCAUACCCGCCCCCGCAUUCCCAAGUCUUCCGCUCCCACAGCUCUAAGGAUAUCUUCCUGGUCUUGGGCCAAAGUCUUCUUACCUAUCUCUUAGAAGAUUCUAAGACUCCCUCUGUGCACCUUGGCGCCAAAGCGAAAGCCUUCCCUUCUUAGGACUGAUUUCCUUGCUUGACUUCCUUUGCCACCACCCACAAGAAAGAAAAAAGACAAGGCAGAAUUGGAAAAGGGGGAUGAAAAGAGAGGGCAAUUCUGGAAAGUCAUCCCUUCCUGACUGCCAACGGCCUGAGCGGACUUCUCUGCAGCCUUCUGCCUUCAAUGCCUCCCAGCAGAAGGAUGGAUUUCAGAACCCCUGAGCUGCUGGACAUGUGGCUAGAGCCCCCAGAAGAUGUCUUCUCAACAGGAUCCUUCCUGGAACUGGGAUUCCACUGUCCACCUCCAGAGGUCCCUGUGACUAGGCUGCAAGAACAGGGGAAGCAAGGCUGGGAGUCCAGUGGGGGCCUUGGCUGUGGCCUUCAAGAGAGUGAGCCUGAAGAUUUCCUGAAGCUUUUCAUUGAUCCCAAUGAAGUGUACUGCUCAGAAGCAUCUCCUGGCAGUGACAGUGGAAUCUCUGAGGACCCUGGCCAUCCAGACAGUCCCCCUGCCUCCAAGGCACCCAGUUCCCCUGCCCUCUAUGAGGUUGUCUAUGAGGCAGGGGCUCUGGAGAGGAUGCAGGGGGAAACUGGGCCAGCUGUAGAGCCCAUCUCUAUCCAGCUAGAUCAGCGGAGCCCACCACUUUUGAUGCCUGAUGCCUGCAUGGUCAGUGAACUGCACCUUGAUGCUCAUGCCCACAUCCUGCCCAGAGCAGGCACUGUAAACCCAGUGCCUCCCGUGACCCUGCUGCCCUGUCAAACCUUAUUCCUAACAGAUGAGGAGAAGCGUCUGCUGGGGCAGGAAGGGGUUUCCCUGCCCUCUCAUCUGCCCCUCACCAAGGCAGAGGAGAGGGUCCUCAAGAAGGUCAGGAGGAAAAUACGUAACAAGCAGUCAGCUCAGGACAGUCGGCGGCGGAAGAAAGAGUACAUCGAUGGACUAGAGAGCAGCUCCCUGGUGACUCAGCUCCGCCAGCUACAGAUGCUCAUUGCUCAAACUUCCAACAAAGCUGCCCAGACCAGCACUUGUGUUCUGAUCCUCCUUUUUUCUCUGGCUCUCAUCAUCCUGCCCAGUUUCAGCCCCUUUCAGGGUCUACCAGAAGCUGGGCCUGACGAUUACCAGCCUCAUGGAGUGAUUUCCAGAAAUAUCCUGACUCACAAGGACAUGACAGAAAAUCUGGAGACCCCAGUGGUAGAGUCCAGAUUAGGGGGGCCACCUGGGGGCAUAAAUGGCUCCACAAGUACACUACUUGAGAAGAUAGGAGGGAAGCUAGGCCCCAGCCGGCGCGUCAGAACUGUGCUGCAUGCAGAUGAGAUGUGAGCUGGAACACUUCCUGUCCCAUUUCCCAGUCGCAGUAAGGAAUCAGGGCUCCCCUAUGGUUUUGCUUUCCCCUGAGAUUCCCACUCAGGGUUCUUUGGCCUCAGGGGUCUAAAUCACUUCAGGACACCCUAGAUGUCUAUAUCCUGAGGCCCAUACCCCGUGAGGGGACACCUCAAAUACUUUUGUCGUGUAUCUGUGAUUUUAUUUCUUCUUUGGGCUUAGGGUUGAGGGGAAACAGAAGUUUUGGUUGAGAAAUAAACUUUUUGCUAAAACUGUA